AUGCUAGCAAGAUUAUAAAGUACAUCUAUCCAACUACUAGAGACUGUUGUUAACCAUCUUGACAACUACGAAGGUGUUUAGAAGAGACAGAGAAGAUUUGCCAAGAGAGAUUAAGCCGAGGCUGAACGUGAAAAGGCUACAGAUGAAGAUGAAAAGAAAAAACCAAUGAUUGCUGACGAUGAGGUUGAUGACGUCGAGGAUGACCAUUCACAACUAGAGGGCAUGUAAAAAUUCAAGCACCUUAGCUUUGAGCUCAUUGAUAUUGGUCUCUUCUUCGGAGAGAAGGGGGUCACAGCUGUCCAACACUCCAAACCAUACCAGAUCACUGAUAAGUAUGUUCACCUAGAGGAAAGAGCCAAACAAGUAGUAGAAAACAGUGAAAAACUCUACAGAUUCCUUAAUGAUAAGGUAUAUAGCCCACUCAAGAAUUAAUUCUAUGUCAUUUUUGACCAAGCUAAUCAGAAGAUUUCUGUCUUUAUCAAUGUUCUUAAAGAGCAUUAAGUAAGAGUUGCUGACUACAUCAAGAUCCAUUACGACAAUGUCUAAGUUAUGGUUCAGGACAACUGGUUGAAGUUAGACUACAAUCAAGAUGGCAAAGUUUCAGCCUAAGAUCUCAGACAGAGUGUCAAGGAGCUAUAUUCCUUCGUUGUUAACUACAACUACUACCUUAAGGCACAUGAGAUUAAAAACAAGCUCUAUCAUGAAGCCAUUAAGUACAUGCAGAAGGAAGUCGACAGAGAAGAGAAGGAGCAUGAAUCUCAUGCCGAUGAGAGUGCCCCCGCCAAGGAAGAUGAUGAUUGCUGCACACCACAAAGAGCAAAUAAUAAAGUUAAUCCAGACACAAGUCCCGUAGAUAAGACUUUGUUAACAAAGAGUAUGACUUCUUAACCCCCAUAUCCAUCAUAAUUCUAAUUAAUAAUAAUCUUUUCUUUACCAGCAGGUUCAAAUUAUGAUUUGACAUUGAGUAAAAAGCAAUUUGUGUUUGAGCAUGCGAGUGAUAAUAUAAGAGAGGAUUAUCUGAUAGGCAAGGUGCUCGGCACAGGCGCUUUUGGAGAGGUAAAGAAGAAGUUCGCUUUUUGUCUGAAAUCGAAAUCCUAAAAUAGAUGGUAUACUUUGAUGGAGCUUUUUAUUGAUAUAUAGGAUCAUCCCAAUAUUGUAAGACUGUUUGAAGUCUAUUAAGAUCCUAAAAGGUAUUUCAUUGUUACUGAGCACUGUUCUGGUGGAGAGCUUUUUGAUUAGAUUAUAAAACGUCCAUAUUACAGUGAGAGGGAUGCAGCACUAAUUAUCAAGCAAGUUUUAGCUGCUAUCUCUUAUUGUCAUUCUAAACACAUCGUCCAUAGAGAUCUUAAACCUGAGAAUCUGCUUCUAGAAUCAGAGGGGCAAGGUUCAAUCAAAGUUAUUGAUUUUGGAACAUCUCAGGUAUAUGAUCCAACCAUAAAAAUGCAUUAAACAUACGGAACACCAUACUAUAUUGCUCCAGAGAUCUUGGCAGGAGAGUAUACAGAAAAAUGCGACAUCUGGUCAUGUGGAGUUAUCCUUUACAUUCUUUUAUGCGGACGACCGCCUUUCGAUGGUGAAAACGAUGAUGAGAUUCUUGAAAAUGUAGCUAAAGGUGUGUACAAAGUAAGUGGACCCAUUUGGUCUCGAGUAUCAGCAGAAGGGAUAGAUCUCGUUAAAAAAAUGCUUAACUUCGAUUAAGAAAAGAGAAUCAGCGCUAGUUAGUCAAUUUAGCAUGCUUGGAUCAUCAAGAACACUGAGAACAUAAUCAUAGAUGAAAUCAUCAAUUCUGAGGCUUUGAAAAAUCUAAAAGACUUUAACGCUAGUACUAAAUUACAGCAGGCAGCUUUGACUUUUUUAACUACUCAUUUAACUACCAAGGAGGAAAUGGCUGAAGCUUAAAGAGCGUUUUAGGCACUUGACAAAAAUAACGAUGGCAAACUUUCCAAAGCAGAGUUGCUAGAAGGAUUUGCAGAGACUAUGGGCUAAGUUGCUGCUGAAAUUGAAGUUGAGAGAAUUAUGACUAAUGCUGAUUUGGAUAAAAAUGGUCAUAUUGAUUACUCUGAGUUUAUAAAUGCUACGAUUGAUAAAAGAGGAUUACUUUCCAAAGAAAGACUCAAGACUGCCUUCUAGCUGUUUGAUAGGGACGAUAACGGGUUUAUUAGUGCGAUGGAGCUAAAGUAGGUAUUAGACCAGGGUAAAAAGUUUGAUGAAAAGGUGUGGGAAAAAAUGAUAUCUGAAGUCGAUUUUAAUGGAGACGGUGAGAUAUCGUACCAGGAGUUCGAAAGAAUGAUGGAAAAAUUACUGAAAUGA